AUGGGCUUUCCAUCGCUCUCGCUCGCCACCUUUAAGAGCACGCCGUCGUUCAACGAGGACGCGCGCGUCUCGGCGCUCGACAAGGUCUCGAUCCUCUCCAACUAUUACACAUCGCCCGCGCCCCUGUGCCCGCAGACGCCGCCGGCCUACCAGACCCGCCACACCUUCUAA